AGCCCAUAGCAGUCGUUGCCUCGCGCUCAGCAGUUAAGCAAGUGUAUUAAAUAUACUUAAGCCUCUCUGCAUUAGCAUUUUAUAUUUUCUCUCACUCUCUGUUGUUAAUUGAAAUUGCUUGAAUUCCUUUGCAAUGGAUGCGAUGACAAUGCACGGAGAACAUGGCACGGAUACAGCAGCCGCUGUCAAGUCUUGUCCAAUGAUCAUGGUGUUUCACGGCGGGCACUGCGAACGUAUUUUAUGGCGUGGCUGGGUGGCAGCAACAAUUACGGAGUUUGUCUUCUCCUGCCUGGCGCUCUUCGUUUUGGCCUUUCUCUAUGAGCUGCUUAAGUUUCUGCGCGAACAGCUGCUGCGUCGAGAGGCGCGCAAGGAUGCUGAGCGCUUGGCGGAGGAAGUGCGUCGGAAGAACAGCGGCUCGGAGACGCCACUGGCCGAAUUGCGGGAGCGUAGUUAUUGGCAAAACAUCUUUAAUCUGCCACACAUCAUCCAAGCGCUGCUUAAUCUGGUACAAAUUGUUAUCUCCUACUUGCUCAUGUUGGUCUUCAUGAAUUUCAACUAUUGGUUGUGCUUGGCUGUAGUCCUUGGCCUAGGCUUGGGCUACUUUUUCUUUGGCUGGGUCAAAAAGGAUCCCAAUGCCAGCGAGUGUUGUCCUUAGAGAUGUAUACAUCUUUCUAAGAGUUAUUAGAGCAUGCUUCUUGUCAGCCCCUAUUACCACAUAGUUAUUAACAAAUUUGGCUUUAAUCUGUUGCUAAAUUACAAAUUUUAUUUAAAAGUUUAUUAUGGCAUAAAUUAGUCAACUAGUUAUUACUUACAGAGCAUAAUGUACAAAUAGUUAUGAGAACAAGAACCUAAUUAUAUUUAAGAUUUUACUUUGCAUAACACAACUCAAUGACUUAUAAUUAUAAUUGUAUCGGUUUUUUUUGUUCUUUGUUUAUUAAUUUACAAUAAAAAGUAUUCUAAACAUAAA